AUGGAGAGCAUACAGCACACACAACAACUGACUGCCUUAAGAAGGAACUAUGACAAUCUGUAUGGCUUAGAAGAAUUUUCAUCCCUGCAAGGACGUUUCUCUCCUUUUACCUGGGGCCGUGUUUGUUUUAGCAGCCCUGCUUUAUGGAGGCCUUGGAUGCUCACAGCGAGAGACGGUGAGAUGACAGAGAAUCAAAAAAUGUCAGAACUGGAUGUUCAACUACUGAAUUUUAGAUCAAAAGGAGUCCUGGGGUUUCAACAUCCAGUGAGACUUUAUUUGCCCAAGUCCAAAUCUCAAAAGUUUCUUAAUAACAUCGGAGAGAAGGUUCUGGCAAGUUUUCCAGUACAAGCUACAAUUCACUUCUACAAUGAUGAUGCCGACUCUGAGGAAGAUGAAGAAGAAAUCAGUCUAUUCAGAAUUCAGCCUAAUAAUUAACAGCGGUCAGCCUUGACAAAUGCAAAAUAAAAAUAAAAAAAUCAAGAGAUAAAAAAAGAACUGUCAGAAACGUAUGGACAAACAUCUGACUGAUCAAAGAAAUACAUCAAAGCUCGAAAGAAAACUAUUUAUAACUAUCUUACCAAGAAGAAUGAGUCAAUGCAACUGGAAACAAAGAGGAAAUCCUUUUGUGUUUUGAGAGACUUUUAAAUAAAACCCUGAAGCCGAACAAAAGAUUAUAAGGUUUAGUAAGUGACACGAAUUAAGAACAUUAGGAGCACUAUACUUAUUUACUUGCUAUUUUUACAAUGUAGUCCUGACAAAAUGAAAAUAGUAAUGAUUAUGAGGCAAAAUAAUAUACUGUACAGCCCCAAAGUAACUCCAAAGGCUUUGGAACACAAUGUUUGAAUUUAAGCAAGAAAUUAUUUUCAAUGCAAAGAAUAUUGCUUAUUAGCUCCAUGGGGCAUUUUUAUUCUGAUAUAAAUGCUGUAUGCCAAAAUGACCUAAUCCAUUUCUAGUAUAAGUCCCUGUCAAGACAAGUUUUAAAUGACAGUCAUGAUAUUUUCUGGGGUCCUGUCAUUCUGUUAUUAUUGGAUUUCCCCCCUGCAAUCAGAACAGUGCCUUUCUGUUGGUCAAAAAGAAAAAAAGUCAUCCUUGAUUAAAAAAUGAUUUAAUUUAAAGACACAUUAAAACAUGCAUUAUGUGCUACCUUUUUGACUUCAUCACCAUAUUAAAAUCUUAUUUCUAUAGCUUAGCACACUUGAAUCUACGAUUUUAAUAUAACUGACCUACUGUUGAUUCCCAUCUAGUGGGGUUUGGAUAUGUAUCUUACUAUCUUGACAUUUUUUUUAAAUUGAUAUUCAGGAAGACUUAAGUUACUAAUUUUCAUAAGCAUCUUUAUGUUACAUACAAUCUAGAAUCAUCUCUAUCCCCCAUGAAGACGGUGGUUACCACACAAUCCCCAUACAGCACAGUGCUCUCUAACCUGCACACUACACUGAAGAGCCAUUUGCCUUACACAGAUAUUGUCACCAUUUAACAAUCCAGUAUGCAAAAGGAACACUCUGUAGGUUCUUCCUCACCUUUCUAUUGAGCCCAUGCUGCCUGUAAAUCUAUCUGAAAACACAGUAACUGCAUCUUGGAUGAGCAGCAGAAGUUACCCUGUUUUCAGAAAGACAGAGAUUUUGAAGAUCUGUGUCUGGAGUUAAUACCCAAUCUUCAGCAUCAACACAUCAUCCUCCUGACGCUCACUCCUCUUGUGUGGAGCUUUAUUAUCCUGCCCUGUACUCUCACCCCCAAUCUGGGGUGGCAAGUGACUCACUGAGAUGUAUGAAAAAGCCUCCUGGAUUUUCUGGCAGCAGCAUGCCAGAACACCAUCAGGUUCUAGGUUGAUUUUUGGUUGCUGAAGUCUAUUGAAUAUUUUGAGAAAUGGAAAGCAGCAUUGGUUUCAGGGUACAGUUUUUCAGGAGUGUUGGCAAAGAGCUUUUGGCCAGUAGAAGAACUUCAGAUGGGGUAGCUGGUAAAACAACAUGAGAACAGAUACAGUGUAGAC